UCCAACCAGUUCGGUUCUAGUUUUGCUAAAUACUUUCCUAUUCUUAUUCUGUUAGCUUUAAUUCUCCGCAUCUCCUUCGCGGGGAAGAAACAGUAUUAUAUAGCAGAGAAAGAAAUAAAAAAGAAUGUUCUGCAGCUGCUGAUUAGGUCACUGCUUCUCGAAACGCUUCGAUCUUUAUCGCUUCUGACGGUGCGGUGAAGUGCGGGAUCAAACUAAAGAAAUUUAUCGAGGAGAUUGUGAUUUCUAAAGAAUCAAAGAUUCAUCAUCCAUAAGCGGGGAUUUUGUAGUUUACAUUUGACCCAGGUUUGUUGUUUGAAUCUUGCAGUGUCUUGCAAUUUCAAGUUUCUCCAAAGCCAUCAUCAGAUAUCAAAGGGAUAGUUUGAAGAAGUUCUCAGUGCAGUACGUGAUGAUAGGAUCUAAAAAUUCUGCUACCUUGUUUCGUAGUCCAUGGAGGAUGCUUGUUUAUCGUCCUUCUUUACAGUUCCGGAACUGCAUAUCGGAUCGGUGUCGGUCUAUGUUCCGCGUUUUCUAAGGAUUUUUAGGGUUUUCCCAGUUGCCCUUCGUCUACCUGUUUUUGGAUUGUAGGCGAAGGAGAUUUUCUAUUAACUUCUAUUGGACUGAAGGAGCAGAUAUCAAGUUUUGAUUGAGGAAAUUUAGAAGGGUCUUCGACUUCAUUGGUAUCUUUGAUCCUGAAUUUAGGGUUUUUGUUUAUUUGUUUUCUAUUUGUGGUAGCUAUGGAUGUCGACUCAGCAGCAAGAGAUGGAAAUAAGCGUGUGUUUAAUCGCUUGGGAGCCGCACCCGCAUCUGAUAAACCCCAGAAAGUCUGUUACCACUGGCGGGCUGGGAGGUGUAGCCGGAACCCUUGCCCCUUCCUUCAUAGAGAAUUGGCACCACCGCAGAGUAACGAUGGGAUCGCUUCGAAGCGUCCUUAUGGGCCUGCCAAUGACCGGAGUUUCAGUGGUCCUUCUUCCAUGCCCCGUAGACCUAAUCCGAAUAUGCCGUGGGCUUCCAACACCUGGGGCCGGAAUCAUGGUGGUGGUGCACCCGGAUCAGCUAGGGUUCCUCGAAAAACACAGGACAAGGUCUGUCAUUAUUGGCUGGACGGAAACUGUACUUAUGGAGAUAGGUGCAGAUUUCUGCACUCUUGGUUUCUUAGUGAUUGUUUCACAUUGUUGACGCAUCUUGAAGGACACCAGAAGGUUAUUAGCGGGAUUGCUCUUUCAUCCGGUUCUGAUAAGCUCUACUCUGGGAGCAAAGACCAAUCUGUACGGGUUUGGGACUGUCAAUCUGGGCAGUGUGCUGGUGUAAUCAAUCUGGGAGGUGAAAUUGGAUGUAUGAUAAGUGAAGGUCCCUGGCUUUUUGUUGGAAUUCCAAAUGCUGUCAAGGCUUGGCACACCCAAACUGCCUCUGAACUUAGUCUUAAUGGACCUGCUGGACAAGUUUAUGCCCUUGUUGUCGGCAAUGGGAUGCUUUUUGCUGGAACCCAGGAUGGUAAUAUACUGGCAUGGAAAUUUGAUGCUGCAAGCAACUGCUUUCAACCAGCUGCUUCACUUCAGGGCCACAGUCUUGGUGUUGUUGCAUUAGUCAUUGGAGCUAAUAGACUUUACUCUGGCUCAAUGGACCAAACAAUAAGAGUUUGGGACCUAGAGAGCUUACAAUGUAUACAAACUUUGACUGGCCAUACGUCAGUUGUGAUGUCUGUUCUUUGUUGGGAUCAAUUUUUGUUAUCGUGUUCACUUGAUAAAACAAUAAAGGUGUGGGUUGCUACAGAAAACGGCGACUUGGAAGUAACAUACACACACAGUGAAGAACAUGUAUGCUGUUUGUGGAACUUUCUUUUGGCUUUACUCUUAUAUGUUUUUAUUUAUGCUAUCCGUGUUCAGGUCCUCAACAAAUCUCUCUUACCUACUCUAGAACAGUCCUUUGCCAGUGUUCACACGGAAGAAUGCCGUCGUAGUUCCAUGCUUCAUCCUCCGACUGAAAAAUCAGCUUUACAGACUAGCUCUACUCCCACUUCAGAUGGGUCAUCUCGCAUUGGCGAUACCACCAAGCAAGGGAUUGUGCAAGAACAACAAAGGCAUCCAGUGUGGGGUCCAUAUGCGCAACGGCUACUGGAUGCUGAAGCAGGACUUUGGAGAAAUCCUACUGGUGGUGGACACGAUGACAAGGCACAUCCACCUAUUCAUCCCACAAAAUUUUCUGGUGGAGAAUCUGGAUGGAGUCAAGACCACCAUCAGAGAUUGUAUGAGCUUGUUGUUCGCCAUUUUCUAGCCUGUGUUUCACAGCCAGCCAUAGGGGCUGAGACUACUGUUGAAAUUGAUAUUGCUGGUGAAUCCUUUUCUGCAUCUGGGCGUGUUAUAAUAGCUCUACAUGAACUGGGUUCUUAUCUGACUAUUUGUUGGGCAUUAAACUAUUAUUCAGCUUUCUUUUGUGAUGCUUAUAUUAUAUACAGCAUAAUUGUUGGGAGAACAAAAACUCUUGUUAUUGUAUUAGAUCAAGGGCAUGUUUCCAGCAAUUUUCUGUAG